AUGGCUACUCCUCAGAAAAUUGUGGUGAUUGCUUCCAAUAGCAUCCCCAAAACAAAAGCAGCUCGCGAAGGCUUCGCUCAACUACUUCCUGAUUCCUACGACUUUCAGGGCAUUAGCGUUCCCUCUCACGUCGCCGAACAACCCUUUUCGGACGAAGAAACCCUACUUGGAGCAACAAACAGGGCAAGGAACGCCCAGAAUGAACUGCCAGACGCCGACUUUUGGGUUGGAAUCGAGGGAGGAGUCGAGCCUCGUGACGGCUCGAUCUUCAAUUUUGCGUGGAUUGUCGUCAUUGGAAGGGAUGGAAAGCUAGGGAGGGCUAGGACCGCAGGAUACUUUUUGCCAGAGAAGACGUGUGAGCUGUUGAGGCAGGGCGUGGAACUGGGACAUGCAGACGACAAGAUCUUUGGAGAGACAAACUCCAAGAACAAGAAGGGAUCGGUUGGGAUUCUGACGGAUGGCGUUGUUGAUCGAGCGGACUUUUACACUCAAGCGGUUAUCUUGGCUUUGAUUCCUUUCAAGAAUGCCUCACUGACAUUCUAA